GAAUUUGGAACUGAGUAUAUUUCACCGUAUAAUGAUAUGGACGUAAUAAUUGGAAGCGAAACCAUUGGUUUUGAGAUUUUGGAAAACUUACCUCAUGUGGAUGCUGUGUUUGUACCAGUCGGGGGAGGUGGUUUAAUUUCUGGAAUAGCUGCAUAUAUUAAAGCCAUUAAACCAUCAGUACAGAUUAUUGGUUGUCAAUCUGAAGUUAAUAAUGCUAUGCAGAUGUGUGUUGAUGCUGGGAAGAUUGAAGACUUUGAAUUACAAGACACAAUAUGUGAUGGUGUAGCUGGAGGUGUCGAGACAAAUAGUGUGACCUUUGACAUAUGCAAAUCAUAUGUAGAUAAAUGGAUCACAUGUUCAGAGGAGGCAACAGCAAAAGGUGUAAUGUUUAUGAUGGAGCAUCAUCAUAGAGUUAUUGAAACAUCUGGAGCUCUACCCAUUGCAGCAUUUCUAUCUGUGGCAGAUGAAUACAAAGACAAGAAUGUUGUAUUGGUGAUAUCAGGAUGUAAUAUUUCCAUAGAUAAAAUAAAGUACAUACUAAAUGAGUAUCACAAUUCCUGA